UAUGAUUGCGACGUGUGUGGCAAGGCCUGGCAGAGCCCGAGCGAGCUGGAGGCCCACCGGCGGGUGCACACGGGAGAACGGCCCUUUGCCUGCUCGGACUGCAGCAAGAGUUUCAAGACGGCGAGUGACCUGGAGACCCACCGGCGGUUGCACACGGGCAAGAAGCCCCAUGUCUGCUCCACCUGCGGCAAGAGCUUUGCCUUCUUGUCGGGGCUGUGGAAUCACCGGCGGGUGCACAGCAGUGAGCGGCACUUCACCUGCCCCGACUGCGGCAAAGGCUUCAAGUCGUCCAGGGAACUGAAGGUGCACAGGCGCGUGCACACCGGCGAGCGCCCCUACACCUGUAGCUACUGCGGCAAGGGCUUCACCCGGUACAGCGGCCUGCAGAAUCACCAGCGCACCCACACCGGCGAGCGCCCCUACACCUGCGCCCAGUGUGGCAAGGGCUUCACCACCUCCACCAGGCUGCUGAUACACCAGCGCACCCACAACGGCGAGCGCCCCUACACCUGCGCCCAGUGCGGCAAGGGCUUCACCCAGUCCAGCAGCCUGCUGGUUCACCAGCGCAGCACCCACACCGGCGAGCGCCCCUACACCUGCGCCCAGUGCGGCAAGGGCUUCACCAACUCCACCACGCUGCCGAUACACCAGCGCAUCCACACCGGCGAGCGCCCCUACACCUGCGCCCAGUGUGGCAAGGGCUUCACCCAGUCCUCCCACCUGCUGGUUCACCAGCUCACCCACACCGGCGAGCGCCCCUUCACCUGCGCCCAGUGCGGCAAGGGCUUCACCCGCUCCAGCCACCUGCAGAGGCACCAGCUCACCCACAUCGGUGAGCGCCCCUGCGCCCAGUGCAACAAGGGCUUCACCAACUCUGGCGCCCUGCUGUUUCACCAGCGCACCCACACCGGCGAGCGCCCCUACACCUGCGCCCAGUGCGGCAAGGGCUUCUCCACCUCCACCAGGCUGCUGAUACACCAGCGCAUCCACACCGGUGAGCGCCCAUUCACCUGCGCCCAGUGCGGCAAGGGCUUCACCCAGUCUACUCACCUGCUGGUUCACCAGCGCACCCACACCGGCGAGCACCCCUACACCUGCGCCCAGUGCAACAAGGGCUUCACCCAGUCCAGCAGCCUGCAGAAGCACCAGCGCACACACACCGGCGAACGCCCCUACACCUGCGCCCACUGCGGCAAGGGCUUCACCCAGUCCUCCAACCUGCUGCUUCACCAGCGCACCCACACCGGUGAGCGCCCCUACACCUGCGCCCAGUGCGGCAAGGGCUUCACCCGCUCCAGCAGCCUGCAGAGGCACCAACGCACCCACACCGGCUAGCGC